AUGACCGAAGUAGACAUCGAAGAAUCAGGAGUUGCUUAUGAGCUACAUUAUUCAAAUACGUUUUCUCCGAAUUCAAGACAGACUUUUAGAAUAUGCUUAAAUUUGAAAACAUUAAUUGAUAAGGUGAUUCCAAUUGUGUUUGAUGAGAAGGAUAUCACAGCACAGAAUUCUACAAUUUUGAAUGCCAAUGUCAUUGAAUUGGUUUAUACCUCAGCUGGUGGGAAGGGGGAUGGCAAGGCUGGGACUUCUUCUUAUAAAUAUCGCGCAGCCUUAGUAUUUUGCUUGUUGAAAGUAUGUGAUUGGUAUUGGCAGCAAGCUGAAAAUGAAUUAUGGGAUAAUGAAUUAUAUUUCUUGAGAGCUGUUACUGCGCAAAGAUUAGCAGCUAUCCUCAUAGAGAAUACAUCGGACGAUGAGUAUUUAUUUUUAGGGAUGUUGUGUCAUAGGUAUACUAUUAAUUUGCACGGGGUGGAUUCUCAGCCGAUUAGUGUUUUAGAAUUAGCAGUAGAUAUGCAUUCUACCAUGGUAAUCGGAUCAUCAGGCUACCAACGUUGUAUGAAAUGGAUAUGGCGAGGUUGGAUCAUUCAAUCCCCGAUUGACCCUGAUCUGUACGUUUUAUACAGAGGAGCUCCUUCGUUGUCUAUAAAAACACAUUUUGAUCCAGCAAGGAUUAGAACACCUUUGUACCAAAAUAUAUUGGAAAUCGCUUUUAGUAUAAUAUAUUUGAUAUUAUUCACUAUCAUUAUAAACACUAAUGAUGUGAAAACCGUGCCUUUAGAUGGGUUUGAGAUUGCGUUUUACUUAUUCACCAUAGGUUCUAUUUUGGAUGAAGUGGUCAAAUUUUACCAUGUUGGCUUGAACUAUAUUGGGUUCUGGAAUGUAUUCAACGACACAAUGUACUGUAUCAUCCUUGUUUCAAUUGGGUUUAGAUUUACUAGCUUGAAUACGCAUGGCGAAUUAAAAGAUAGAUAUGACGAGGCCUCGUUUAGAAUUUUAUCGUGUGCUUCACCCUUCAUGUGGUCCAGGUUAUUGCUUUACCUAGAUGCACAGAGAUUUGUCGGUGCCAUGAUUGUUGUGGUUAAAACCAUGAUGAAAGAAAGUUUAAUUUUCUUCUUCUUAUUGGCUGUGGUGAUUUUAGGGUUUUUACAGGGGUUCUUAGGUCUUGAUGCAUCAGACGGAAGAAACGAAGCUACUAAACGUAUCUUGAUUUCAUUAGUAAGUGCAGUUAUAGGCGAGGCAAGUUUUGAUGAUCUUGCAUCAUUAGAUCCACCAUAUGCAUCCAUAUUGUAUUACAUUUACUCAUUCCUCCUCAGUGUCAUUCUCAUGAAUAUUUUGAUUGCUUUGUAUUCCACUGCCUAUGCCAAUAUUGUCGAGAACGCAACCGAUGAAUAUUUUGCUUUAGUUGCUCAAAAGACUUUGAGGUAUGUUAGAGCCCCAGACCAAGAGCUUUACGUUCCUCCAUUGAACCUCAUAGAACUAAUUAUUGUCCCUUUCUCCUUUGUUGUCAGCAGCUCCACUUUCAGACUCAUUAAUCACUUCAUAAUGUUGAUCAUUUAUUCUCCGCUAUUAACCUACAUCACUAUUGAUGAAUUGCAGAAUGCUAGAAGAAUUCAAUACAAUAGAUUCAAAGGAAUACCAGACGAUUCCAAUGAACUUGACACUGAAUGGGACCUAACAGAUGGAUAUGAUGCGGAAGCUGAUUCAGGAAUUCAAGAAAGAGACUCAGAAGUCAAUGCUACGCUUCGUGAACAGAUUCUCGGCGAAAGUCAAGAUUCCGAAUUCCGUAUUGAUUUACGAAAAUUUGAAGCAGACAUCGAGAAGGUGGUUCAGCCUGUUAAUGAGGCCAGCAAAGCCGGUGUCAAAUGGGAAUUCUACGAAAUUUAUAGCAAGAUUGAUAAGCUUACUACCCUAGUAGAAGCAGUAGUAAAUGAAAAUCAAGAAUUGCGUAAGAAACUUGAAGAAAAAAAGUGA